AUGCCGCACAGUCCGCCUUCGCGACCCGGAACCGCCCCGUGUGCCGGUGGGGGGCUCCCCGAGGGGCUCUGCAGGGGCCUUGGGGCCGGGACCCCGGGAGUGCGGCCCGACCAAGGGGCGGGGCAGGGGACGGGGUCCCGGGAGCGGGACCCGGGACGGCCACGGACCCGCGGGAAGGGCCCCUCCGACACGGCCCUCGUCCCUCCUCCCGACCACCCGAGCACCUCCCGCUACCCGCGGCCGCGGCCCCGCGGGCUCCAAACCCCGCCAAUCCCGGCCCGCCUUUCUCGGCGCCGUCCAAUCACAGCCCGCCUUUUCAAUCCGGCAGCGGUCCCGGAAGUUCGGCGGCGGGGGUGGAAGUGGCGCUGGAGCUGCGUGAGCCGGGGCGAGAUCGGCGGUGAGCUGGGGCGGGACUCCCGCGGCUGCCGGUCCAGGCACGUGGCCUGCCUUGGGCACAGGGGCCGCUCUCUCCGGGAGGUUCUGGCUCCCGACGUGCAGGUCCGAUCCCGGCCUGCCACUCCCAGCCCACUUUUCUCCGCUCCGUCCAAUCGCAGCCCGCCCUUUCCCGUAAGCUGUGCCCGCUCAGCCGCGGCGCGGAGCCGCCCCCUUCUCCACCUCGACCCCCGCGUUCCCCUCAGGCGCCGGUCUCGGCGCCUUUGCUUCGGGAUCCGGCGGAGCCGCGCUUGCGCUGCCGCGGCGCCCGCAGGCGCUGUUGGAAGGGCGGGCGGGAGGUCCGCGGUCCCGUCCCGUCCCGGAGUUCUCCUGGGAGAAGGGGAGGGAGGCGGGGAGCGGGCGGAAGCGGAGCAGCCCCUGGGAGCGGGGCCUGAGGGGACAGCGGGGUUCUUGGGGACGGGCAAGGCGGGAGCGGGCGGGCGGGGAUUGGUGGGGCCGGACGCUGCCGGACGCUGGGAUUGGCUGGGCUGGCACGGGGAGGCGGGGCUGUGCGGGCCGCGGGCUAUAAAUGGCGUGGGGGGCGGGCUUUCGGGGCAGUUCGGCGGCGGGAUUGGGGGCGGCGCUGGAGCGUGGGGAGCCGGCCCGGCAUCGGCGCGGCUGCUGGGCCGAGGAGCGGCGGGGAGCCAGGGUGGGACCUUCGCAGCUGCCGCUCCAGGGAGCGGUGGGGAGCCAUGGGGCAGCACCCCCUCGGCUACCGAUCCAGGGGGAGCCGGGGUCGGUCCCCCACAGCUGCCGAGGCAGGGCGUUGGGCAGGCGGUGUCCCGGGCAGCUGUGCCGGCCAGCUUUGGUCAGUGCUCAGUGGGGGAGCAGCUCAUGCUCCCUCGAACCAGAAGGACUAGCAUGCAGCCUUUCAGGGGGGUUGGUAUUGAAAGUAUUGUUACGAAGAAAAGUAAUAAAAGGUGUUUCAUUCUAUUAUCACUUUAUUUUACUUUUAUUUUCAUCUUUGACUACUUGAUUGUUUAUUCUAUUGUUUUGUUGCUGUAGUACUGUUCCCAUUGGGAUGGGUGGGACAGCUCCUAGAGAUAUUGAAGUGAACGACUGAAGCUGAUUUGUGGCCUUGUCAACAGCCCCGGGCUGCAGAGAUACCCAGAAGCAGCUUUAGGCAGAGGCAGCAGAAAGCUGAGGACCUGCAGUUCAGGCAGCAGAGGUGGUGGAGACAUAAAAUUGGUAGGGCUGUGGGCAAAAUGAGUGAGGCUGGGUUAAGGAGCAUGGACCUGGCAUAAGUACUACAGACAUGGAGCUGGGAUAAAAAUAGUCAGGCUUGGCAUGGAAUGUGGGCUUGAGAGCUGGGGUGGAAAACUCAGACCUUUAACAAAAGAAAGAUGCUAGGGUUGGAACGUGCAGGAGCUUUACUGGGAGCUGGCAGAGCAGAGCUAGCAGAGAAAUAAAGCUUGGGGGUCUGGCUAUGGGAUAGGGAGAGUGGAGCUCGGAAAGGGACUGUGGAGCAGGGAUAAGGACCAUGGCACUGGAGCAGAAAUCACUGUAGGACUGAGACAGGGAAUGUGGCACCGUCACUGAAAUCCCUGUGUGGUGGCAUAGGGAUUGUAAAGUGGGAAUGUGGACAGGGAGACUGGGGCUGAAAUCAGUAUUGGGCUGGAAUUGCAUCUCUGGAGCUGGGAGAGUGUCUCAAGCUCGGAUAGAGACUGUGGCACCAUCACUGAAAUCCCUGUGCAGCUGUGGAAUAGGGAUUGAUGGGUGGGAACAUAGACUGGGCGGGAAGAGCUGAAAUCAGUAAAGGGCAGGGAUUGCGACUUUGGAGUUGGGAUAAGAGUUGUGGGGCUGUAGGAGUAACUGGGGGACUGGGAUUGGGAGUGUGAGGUUGGAGCUGGAAAGUCCCAGAGCUGGAGCCAAGAUGAAGAUCCUACAGUGAGAACCUGGAACAGCUUCCCGUGGCGGUGAUGGCAAGAUGCAGAGCUGCUGCUGAGAGAGCAGAGCUGGCAGUGAAAUAAAGCUUGUGGGUCUCGAGCUGAAAUCACAGAGGGGCUGGGGGAGGGCCAGGGUGUGGG